AUGAAUUCCAAGACUUCCUACACUGAUAAAGCUAUCCUCACACCCCGUAAUGGAACCGUCGAUGAAAUCAAUGCUUACACCAUCUCACGGACCGAUGGGGUAUCAAGAGAUUACUUCAGCUCAGACAGCUUUGAGUUAUCAGAUACUACAUCAGAUCAAAAUGAUACAUUAUACGCCGUUGAGUAUCUCAACUCAUUGGAAUUCUCGGGUUUGCCUUCGCACAAACUAACUCUGAAAGUUGGUGCCCCAGUUAUGCUUCUCAGAAACAUAAAUCAGAAAAAGGGAUUAUGCAAUGGUACACGAAUGAUCCUAACCCACGUUGGCGAUCGCGUGCUCAAGGCCGAGAUUAUCACUGGCUCCCACAUUGGAAAAGAGGUAUUGAUCCCAAGAAUUGUACUUUUGUAUGAUGAAACAAAGUUACCGUUCACAUUACGUCGGCGGCAAUUUCCUAUCAGAUUGUGCUACGCAAUGACAAUCAACAAAAGCCAAGGCCAGAGUUUAAAAGAGGUCAUCUUAUAUCUGCCUAAACUUGUCUUCUCUCAUGGUCAACUUUAUGUGGCUCUCUCACGUGUCACAAGCAAAGCAGGAUUAACGAUCAUCAAAACCGAAGAUUCCUACCAGCUGAAAGUGAAGAACAUAGUCUACAAAGAAAUAUUCAAAGGCCUUCCUCCCGACAAAAGUCAUUUCUUUCUUAUGACCCUCAACACAACUUCUGAUCAGAGAAAGAUUUAA